GGCUAACUCUGUGUAUUCGUGCUGCCCAGAGCGUCAAAACGGACACACCUAGUUUUCAAUCAGAUUAAUUAGACAGGUACCUGCGGAGCGGGCGGCCAUAGCAGCUACACUUCGGAAGCUAGUGGGUCCCAGAAUAAAAAGGGCAAAUCAACUUAAUAUUACUUAAUUAUCAGGCUAAAACCCUACUACACAUGACCCUAAAACAUUUUAAAGUUUCGUUUGUUGUUAUAUAUUUCGUCAGGCAGGGGUUUUAGGAAUGAAGGCCAUCACAAAAAAGCUAGCGUUAGCCGAUGUUUUUGCGGAUGACUCUGAAAAUGAGCGAACAUUUUACGGCUUUUCUGACCGCGAAAUCAGCGACCACUGCAAUAAGAAUUCAAAUUUGGAAGAGGAAGAUGAAGAGGAAGAUGAAGCCCAGCCUGACCUUUCCCCCAAGAAGCAGAAGGCCACAUCUAAACCAUGUUCUGGUGCCAAGACCUUCAGGCUGAGGGUGGCUCUCCGCUCCACUCCUUCUACCCAGCAGUCCACUGAUGAGGAGGAGGCAGAGGAGGAAGAAAAUAGGACAAUAAAGAGAGGGGUGAAGUGGGCAGGAAAGACCACUCGGGCAAAGAAGAGACGUGUUAAAUUUGAAGAUGAGGAGAUGGCAGUGGCUCUGUUGUCUCCUGAAGAGCGCGGAUCUGAUUCAGCAGAAGAUGCACCCACUUCUUUUCUGGACAAGAGAGAACAGAACAUCAAGGCCAACAAAGCAAUGUUGGCUCAGCUGAUGGCAGACCUGCAGAAGAUGCCAGGAGGUGUAGGGAUUCUGAAUAAACAAGCAGGCAAACAGAAGACAAAAGAGCGAGGUUCUCGUCCGCGGCGCUCUGGUGCAGCUGGAGGAGAGUUCAGGAAGAACCCAGAGCGGGCGUCUCGCAGACGGACUCGCUCUAUGGGGGGAGGUGAGGAUCAUUCUGCCCCAAAGGAGGAAGAAGUGGAGUUCAGCUUGGAGGAGGAGCUGCAGGAGGUACGUCGAUACCCACAGCGCCGUGGCGCCCCGCGGUCCAAGCCUUAUUGUAUCCGUCCUGUUGAGGACAUCACAGAGGACGAGAUUCAGCUGGUCGCAGACAACACAACUGAUAAAGUCUACAACAGAAUCACAGGCACCACAUGUCAUCAGUGCCGUCAGAAGACUGUCGACACCAAGACGUGCUGCCGCAGUGAAGACUGUCGUGGGAUUCUGGGUCAGUUCUGUGGGCCGUGUCUGAGGAACAGAUACGGAGAGGAUGUCAAGAAGGCGCUGCUUGAUCCGGAGUGGAAGUGCCCUCCCUGUCGUGGCAUUUGCAACUGCAGCUUCUGCCGCCAGCGUGAGGGCCGCUGUCCGACUGGCAUCCUGCUCCCACUGGUUCAGUACCACGGCUUCUCCGAUGUACACUCCUACCUCAGCAGCCUCCGGAACAAACUGAAGAGUGAGGACGAUGCAGAGAUGUAAUCAACACUAGGUGGUGCAAUUGUUUAAACUGUUUUCUCCUUAUUAAAGUUUUUAUACCUAGUAAAACAAACAAAACCUGUGAUUUUUAAAUGAAUAAAGUAUGUUUUGAUCA